AUGUCGAACCUUAAUCCAGAGACCGCCUCGGUCCUCACGCACACGACGUCGAGGACAGCAUCUGGUGGUCGCGCACCGCAGUUCACAUUGGAGACCUUCUCGAGUAAAGACUUCAUAGUCAAGGACUUUAUUGAAGAACUCUCCGACAGCGCCGUACCGGCUUCCCGAAAAUCGGCACCAGCCUCGAAUCACCAGGCGUUCGACCCUAAGCCUCUGAUCCGCACCUUCGAACAUGCUCUGAACCGCCUGAACAGCCAGUCAGAGGACCUUGAAGAGCAGGAGAAUGAGCUCUCCGGGGCUGUUCGGCGUGCCGAGGCGCAACACAAUCAGAACGUCGAGUCGCUAGGCAGGAGACUCGAGCAGGCUAUGGAUCGCUUUCAAAAGCUGGACAGCUCGCUCAACGGCGGUGAUGACGGAGGGUCAGACUCGGGCGGUAAUAUCGCAAUGCGUAUCGGCGAGAGGCUGGAAGAGCUGGACCGCCAGCGUAAGAGAGCAAUGGAUGCCAGAUUCUUGAUCGAAUGCUGGCAGGAGGUCAGCGAAAGAGGCGAGCUGAACAUCUUGGAGGAUCACCGCAGAAGUGGCGGUAUCGUGCGUUGCGCAGAAAUCGCGCGCCAGUUGUUGAGGAUCAGUGCACGUCUUGACCCUGAGAACAGCCAGCGUCCAAACGGCGUCGAAGUGAAUGGCAACAAGAGGAAGACCAUGGCACAGCAUAAACACAACACCAGAGAGAUCAUCGAGAAGUUCCUGGAGAACCUGGAGCAAGACCUGCUCAGCAAGUUCGAUGAAUGCUACAGGAGACCGAACUAUGAUGGCAUGCGCGACUGCGCUGUUGCGCUGAGAGGUUUCAGUGACGGUUCGAGUGUCAUUGCUACCUACAUCAGUCAACACUCAUUCUUCAUCGAUCGCCAUCAGCUUGUCUCAGAGGAGCUUGCAUUGAACGAUGAGGCAUGGGAUGCCCUUCAAGAUCCGGAUAUGGAACCACCAUCCGUGGAGCCCACAUUGCAGUCUCUGAUUGACGAGGUCAGGAUUGUCGUACAGGAAGAAUCCGCCAUUAUCAAGCGAGCAUUUCCCUACUAUGAAGAAGUCCUUAUCAGAUUUGUGGAACGCAUCUUCCAACAAUCAAUACAACAGCGGCUCGAGAUGGUCUUAGACAAAGCAAAUGAUCUGUCAAGUCUUGCGUUCCUGCGUGCACUGGCGGCAUCGCGAGCGUACAUCACUCAGCUCGUUGAAGACCUCAAAGCUCACGGCUUGACUGAGCACCCAGAGCCUGUCACGUCGCAGGUCGCAGCUACACUUGACCAGCAGCUUGAAGAGCUUUUCUCUCGAUACUUCAUUGGGUCAUCAUACAUUGAGCGAGAAAAGAAGAACCUGGAAGAGUUAUACUCUUCGCUUCUUCUCAAGUUCACAAUCUAUCACUCUCGCCGGCGCAAAAUGCCUACAUCAUACUUUGGGUCACUUGCUCAACGAGGUAAAGAACUUGCUUCUUCUGCGAGAGACGCAUACAUGGACCGAUUAGAGAGUACAGACUUGCCCGCCAGUCAGAAAGCGACUCUUCUCCGAAUUGCCGGUGUGAAGGAUGACCAACAAGACAAGAAAGACAUUGAAGUUACGGAUGAGGAUGGAAGACUGUCCCUAAAGACCGCAAAGCGUAUGCUGAAGUGGUUGGCUGAAGGUGUUGGGCGUGGGCUCGAGCUAUCACCUGGCAACGAGACGCCCAAGGAUGUUCAGAACCUGCUGAACCUGCUGUUACAGCAAAUGGGCGAGAUCUACCUGGAGACUGCUCUUGACGCUGCUUCCGAUCAUGCUGCGUCGCAAGAAAAUUCGAAGACCCCACCUGAUCUCACUCAUCUUCCUUCACUCCAUGCCAUAACCACAAUCUUACAUCUGCUUCAGCAAGCCACUACCACCAUCCUGCUUCCGCUUUGCACGCCAAACUUGACUAUUCGACGCGAAAUCGAAAAGUCAACUAAUGCUACAAUGUCAACACUAGAAGCAAAACUGUCCAAUAUCCUGAACCUCACCCUGACAGCAUCGCUCAACUGGGUUAGUAGAUGUCUGGCGCAGCAAAAGAAGACCGAUUUCCGACCCAAAGACGAUGCAGAUCUAAUGGUCACAAGUGAGACAGCCGCCUGUCGUGAGGUCGCGGCUUUCCUCUCUCGCGUCGCUCAGCAAGCGACCGGUGCACUGUCUGGUCGUAAUUUAUCGCUCUUUCUUGCGGAGCUCGCUCGUGGCCUCCGUUCGCUAGUCUUGGCCAACCUGCUUAAGUUUACCGUCUCGCAGGUCGGUGGUCUUAGUGUAUCGAAGGAUAUGAAUCGUUACGGUGAGCUUAUAAGGAGUUGGCCCACUGGCGAUGAAUUAGAGUCGGGGGCCAUGGAUGUGCUGAGUGAUGUGAGCACGUUGUUCAUAAUUGGGCCGGAAGCUCUUAGAGACAGGCUCCGAGGUGCAGGUCAAGAUGCGCAGGAGUUGAAGCUGUUCAUUGCCAGGAGAGAAGACGUGAGUAGUGUUGGUGUGCAGAGUGUUCUCAAUGGGAUGUGA